AUCAAUGUCUAUUUUGUAAACAAUUCUCGGCACAUCUCACCCCAGCCUUAUAAUAAUCUAGGCUGUUUAGGCAGAGCAAUGUUGAUGUUUGGUCUGUCCAGCUGACCCAUCUUUCCUUUUCCGUCUGGAGCUGUCGAUUUGAAGACCAGCACAAUGGCCAUCACUCCUGCUGCUCACCCGAAGAUCGUGAAGAAGCGCACCAAGCGCUUUCUUCGCCAUCAAAGUGACCGAUAUGUUAAGGUCAGACAAAGCUGGCGUAAGCCCAAAGGUAUCGACAAUCGUGUCCGCAGGAAGUUCAAGGGUAUGUACCUCAUGCCCAACAUUGGUUACGGAUCCAAUAAGAACACCCGACACAUGCUGCCCACGGGAUUCAGAAAGGUCCUCAUCAACAACAUGAAGGAGUUGGAAGUUCUGAUGAUGCAAAACAAGAAGUUCUGCGCCGAAAUCGCCCAUGGUGUGUCGGCCAAGAACCGCAAGGCUUUGGUGGAACGAGCCCAGCAAUUGUGCAUCCGCGUCACCAACCCCAAUGCCCGACUCCGUAGCGAGGAGAACGAGUAAAUCUGUCUCUUGUUCCAAGUGUCGCAUCAACAACAGCCUUUCUGAAAAAUAUAUGAAAGAAAACCAAA